AUGUUUAAGGUUGUGCGCGCGGCCGCUCACUUCCGUGGCGUGCUGCGGUCGUCGGUUCGGGGGAGCGGCUCACUUCCGGGUUUGAAGGCCGAGAUAGGACGCGCCUCGGCCCGCCAUGUCCACGGCGGAUACCGGGGAACCCGAAGAAGCUGCGUGGUAGACCCGAGCCAGGAAGAAACUUUCUUGUUUGCGGAGCUGACAGAUCCAGAAGAGGAACCCAAAUUUGAGUCCGGUGUGGAUCCAAGGCCGACCCGUCCUCACCAGCAGGUCCGGGGUCGGCAGGAUGGACCUGGUCAGGACCAUGAGGUGGAACAGACUCCACAUGGGGUCCGGGGUCGGCAGGAUGGACCUGGGCAGGACCAUGAGGUGGAACAGACUCCACAUGGGGUCCGGGGUCGGCAGGCUGGACCUGGGCAGGACCAUGAGGUGGAAUCUGACAUCCAUUUCCAUGACGAGGACUUCCCGCUGGACCCGAGCGUGGUGGCCUCUAAAAAGAAGAAGAAGAAGAAUGCGGCACUGAAAGGCCAACAUAAGAUCUACGGUACGCCAGACUGGGAGGAACCCAGCAGCGACAUUCAUUGCUGGGGCUGCGGCAGCAUCCUGCACUGCCGGGACGCGGUCUCCCCCGGGUACCUUCCCAGCGAGAAGUACAGGGUCCUGCUGCAGGAGAAAGGUCUGAGCGGCGCCACCUGCCAGCGCUGCCACCUCCUGCGCUAUCACCAAAAGGCCAUCAGAGUCCAAAUGUCCAAGGACGAGUUCCGCCACGUGGUGCAGACCAUCCGCUCUGAGAGGGCGCUGGUACUUCUUUGCGUGGACCUCCUGGACGUCCCGGACUCCGUGGUUCCCGACCUUGCGGAGUUGGUGGGCGCCAACAAACACAUCGUGGUCCUCGGCAACAAAAUCGAUCUCCUCCCCGGAGACUCUCCCAACUACCUGCAGCGCAUCAAGCGGCAGCUCUCUCAGUACUGCCAGGAGGCCGGUUUCGGGAGCCAGGUGACCGACAUCCACCUGGUCAGCGCCAAGACCGGAUACGGCAUCGAGGGUCUGAUCUCUAGCCUGCAGAGCGCCUGGAAGUACAAAGGCGACGUCUACCUGGUGGGGAGCGCCAACGCGGGCAAGUCCACGCUCUUCAACACGUUGCUGGAGUCCGACUUCUGCAAAUCCAAAACCUCCAGCGAUCGUAAAGCCACCAUUUCCCCCUGGCCUGGGACCACUCUGAACCUGCUCAAAUUCCCCAUCAUCAACCCUACGCCGUACAGAAUGUUCCGGCGGCAGAAGCGUCUUGGAGAAUGGCAGCGGCAGACGGAAGAGGAGCUGCCGCCUGACGAAGUGAAGAGGCUGCAAGAAUUCCGUCGCCAGGGAUACUUAGUGGGUCGUGUGGGGAGAACGUUCCUGCCCACAGUCCAACAGAGAGGGAUGUCAUUUGACCCCGACAGUUUAGCUUUUGGGGAGAACAGCGAGGAAGAACGGAGCACGGAGAAAGAAGACUCGGUAGACGAGUUCACCUACAACGAGCUGAAAGACGCUCACUGGCUGUUCGACACACCAGGAAUCAUGAAGGAGCACGACGUCCUGGCUCUGCUGAAUGAACAGGAAGUGAAAACCCUGGUUUCUACGCGGGCUAUCAUACCUCGCACCUUCGUACUCAAGCCCGGAAUGAGUCUCUUUGUGGGAGCUCUCGCUCGGAUUGAUUUCCUGCAGGGCGAGCAGUCCUGCUGGUUCUCUGUGCUGACCUCCGCUUACCUGCCUCUUCACCUCACCACUGUGGACAAGGCCGACAGUGUCUACCACAAACAUGCUGGAUAUCAGCUGCUGGGGGUGCCAGCAGGAGGAGCAGAGCGCAUGAAGGACUUCCCGGCCUUGGUUCCUCAAGAGUUCCGUCUGGAAGGGUGCGGUCACACGGAGGCCGCGGCCGACAUCAAGCUGUCGUCCGCAGGCUGGGUGGCGGUGACUGCGGGGCAGGGGCAGCAGCUGCUGCUGGCGGUCCACGGCCCGCCCUCGCUGGCCUACGGUCUGAGGACGCCGCCGCUGCUUCCACACGUGGUCUCGCUGAAGGGAGCACGAAUCCCCGGAUCGGCCGCCUACAAAGUCAUGAAGCCGCCGGGGAUGCUGGACCUCGGACUGUCCGCACGUGCGGCCCACAGGCAGAAAGCCAAGGUCAAGAAGAAAUGAGAGGAAGUGACGUUUGCACCUGGGGAUAGGUUGAUUGGCAACACUAAAUGGUCCCUAGUGUGUGAAUGUUGGACCUGUGAUAAGGUUGUGACUUGUCCAGGGUGUACCCCGCCUUCCGCCCGAAUGUAGCUGAGAUAGGCUCCAGCACCCCCCGCGACCCCAGAAGGGACAAGCGGUAGAAAAUGGAUGGACGUUGUUGUCAACUAAAGAAAACAUUUGAUGACAAACUUUAUUUGAUGUGUGAAAACUGCUCAUUUCUAUCAGACGUGAAACAAACUUCAACAAGCCACUUCAUUAGGAACACACGCUGGGAAUGUCUUGAAUAUUUUCCUCCCAAAAGAAACAUUUGUUCUUCCAUUACAGUGCAAAUUGUGGUUGUCAUUGCUGAAAUAUUUAGUUUUUUUAUGUUUAUACUCCAUCACAAUUGAGCUUUCAUAAAUCAUCAAUAACAAAUCUAAAAAAAAAAAAAUGUGCUUUUAUUUUGAAGGAAGUCACUGUGUAACUAAAUAAUAGGCGUGGGAAUCUUUGGGCACCUAACUUGUCAUCCAAUUCACUGGGUGAUGAUUCCACUCAACACUGUUUUAUUUGGUAUAUUCAUUAUAAAAGUCUUGAAAAACUCAUUCGGAUAAAUGAGGAUGAAUAAGAACUUGAAUGGCGGCCAAACUGCUGAGCAAUAAUUGUUAGACAUCACCUUUCUUUUCCAGGAGGUUCUGAAUACAUGACAUAUGUUCAAUAAAUCAUCCUUAAAGA